GUCUCUUCAUAUUCGCCAGCGUAACUGGGUACCAAGCAUUUUACACUUGGUCGGAUCCUAGAAUUAUGAGACGGGGGCUUUAAAAACGUUGUGGUUUUUUUCGCGUUGCGUUUCGCUCAGUGGUCGAUUCAUCACCUUACCAGAUCCUCCACAUCUGCCUCUCGAAGGAACACCGAAGUCGAUACCAGCACCCAGCAUCAACAAUUCUCGAGCGUUAGCUGACCAGCCUCCACAAUUCUCCCAAGCUCCGUCCUCUUCUUACGGUUCGUCGCCUGGUUAGCUGGCCUACCACCACCACUAACAACAGCAGAAUCUGCAGCAGCAGCAGCAGCAGCUUCUUGCGCCAGUGGACAAGGAACGGCGACGGUUAUCGAGUAUCCAUUACCAUCCCCAUUCCAGCGCCGUCCCCAUUCACAACCACAGCCUCAGCCCGAACCCCAAUCCGCCAUGACUCAUUCUCUCUCCGGUGGCGGCGGCGGCAGUAGGGCCCCGUCGUUCCUGCUGACAUGGGCCGUCGUCUCAACCACUGCCUCCUUCACCCUCCUCCUCCUCAUCGUCGUACACAUGCUCUCGCCCGCCUCGCUGCCGAGCCUGAGCCAGACGCUCGGCGUGGGAGGCUCGGGCGAUCCGAACCAGGUGCUCGCGGGGCAGGUUUCACGCGUGCAGAUGGCGUGGGGAGAUCGGCAGGGGCAGCAGGGGGAGGGGGAGGGGGAGGGGGAGGGGGAGAGAGCGUGCAAGAAUUGGAUCCACGUGGCGUUCAGGGAGCGCGGGAUUCCCAACACGAGGAAAUGGAGCCCGUGGCUGCCACCGCUCUCCCCCUGUCGCGUGCAGGGGCUGCCCAUAGAGGCGGUGGAGCCGGACCUCAACUUCCGGCGCGGGUUCACGCUGGGCUACGUGGACUACGAGGAGGACAAGCUGCACGUGCUGCCGUACCUCAGAGCCGCGCUCGACCACCGCAUGCACAGGAGGGGGCGGCGUGUGUUCAUAGACUUUGGCGCCAAUGGUUUCCACACGAGCGUGACGUGGUUCCUCACCAUGUACCCCUUGGAGUUCACCGAGGUGCACGCCUUUGAGAUCGAGCCCCGCAUGUUUGUCGUGCCCCAGCCACACGACGAGCUGCUCAACACCAGCGCUAUGACCUCAGGCUCACGGCUUAGGCCCAGGGGGCGUGGGCCGGCGCCUAUCCCUGGGUGGAUGCUGGAGCGCAUUCGGCCCUACAACACCAUGGUUGGGCUUGAGGACAACCCGGAGAAGAAUUCCAUCAACGCCACUCGGUGGCUGCUGGAGGAACUGCGGGUCACGCCAGAGGACACCGUUGUGGUCAAGAUGGAUAUCGAAGGGGCCGAAUGGACCCUGCUUGAUGCUUGGUUGGGCGUGCCUGGCUUGGAGCAGAUUAUAGACGAGUUAUUUGUGGAGGUACACUAUCACCACGAAACCAUGCUCGACUUCCAUUGGUACACCACUCGCUUCAACGCAACGCGAGAGGAGGCAGCGCAAUUGUUCAACCGGCUGCGGGCCAAAGGAUUUUAUGCACACGCAUGGCCUUAGUGGAAAAAACUUAUUUCUCCUACUCCCUUAUAUUCACUCCAUAGUAUCAUCCGUUUCUUGUAACAUAUUUUGGUUACUAAGCAUAUUCACUCA